AUGGCUUCAAAGUUUUUGAGAGAAUAUAAGCUGGUGGUAGUAGGUGGUGGUGGAGUGGGAAAAUCUUGUUUGACAAUUCAAUUGAUUCAAAGUCAUUUCGUCGAUGAAUAUGAUCCUACUAUUGAAGAUUCAUAUCGUAAGCAAUGCGUUAUCGAUGAAGAGGUCGCGUUACUGGAUGUACUCGAUACCGCUGGACAAGAAGAAUACUCGGCCAUGAGAGAACAAUAUAUGCGUACGGGAGAAGGUUUCCUGUUGGUAUACAGCAUUACCAGCAGACAAAGUUUCGAAGAGAUCAUGACGUUUCAACAACAAAUUUUAAGGGUCAAGGACAAGGAUUACUUCCCCAUUAUCGUCGUUGGUAACAAGUGUGAUUUGGAGGGCGAGAGACAAGUUUCAAAACAAGAGGGUCAACAAUUGGCAGAUAACUUUGGAUGUAAAUUCAUCGAGACCUCGGCGAAAUCAAGAAUCAACGUCGAUAAUGCUUUCUACGACAUCGUCCGCGAAAUUAGACGUUAUAAUAAGGAAAUGGCGGGUUACACAGCUGGUGGUGCUAAUGCAAAUAAUGGUGGACCACAAGGAAAGAUGGAGGUUGGUGAGGGUGAGAAGGAAGGUGGAUGUUGUGGGGGUUGUAUUAUCAUGUAA